UGGACUCACAGUCACUAAAGGAAGAAGAAUAAGAAGAAGGAAAGGACUUAUACUGUAUAUAAAAAAACAAGUUUUGGUGUGAUGGAGUGGAGAGAACAGUCCACGGUGACCCACCAGGACGCAUACUUGGAGGCUCAGCGGUGGAUAGAAGCAGUAACCAAGAAAACAUUUAAGGGCAAAGACUUCCGAUCAGCUCUGGAGAAUGGAGUUCUGUUGUGUGACCUGAUCAACAAGAUCAAGCCUGGUGUGGUGAAGAAGGUCAACAGACUGCCAACACCCAUCGCCGGGCUGGACAACAUUAAUGUCUUCCUCAAAGCUUGCUUCAAGCUCGGACUAAAGGAGGCCCAGCUCUUUCACCCAGGAGACCUCCAGGACUUGUCAUCAAGAGUUACAGUCAAGGACCAAGAGACCAACCGGAGGCUUAAAAAUGUUCUGAUCACCCUUUACUGGCUGGGUAGAAGAGCGCAAAGCGAGCAUUCUUACGAUGGACCUUACUUGAAUUUUAAGGCGUUUGAGGGAUUGCUGGGCAUAGCACUUCACAAGGCUCUCCAAGAAUUGUCAGGUCAAAAGGACGUCCGAGACAGCGGUUUUGGAGAUAACUGGUACUCGGAGCAGUCGGGAGGAGGAGGUGGAGGACACAGGAGAGAAGACUCACUAGACAGUUUGGACUCUUUGGGGUCUCCACCUCGCAGCAUCUCAUCGGACGCCACUCUCAAAGGCAGCAGUGAAGGUUGUUUCAGCGACGCUGAAGCAGACGCAGCCUUCAAAAUGGCCGACAACAAGGACUCUGUCAGUUACCGCCGCUCUGUAGUCCUCACGCCGAAGGUCACCACCCAGUUCAACCAGUUCCUGCCCACUAAAGACAAGCCUACAGGGUAUGUGCCCGCUCCGUUGAGGAAGAAGCGAGCCGACCGCAAUGAGGACAACCGUCGCAGUUGGACCAAUCCGGUGUAUGAGGACGAAGCCCCGAUAACCAGACAACGGCAAUCUUCGGACAGUUUCGAAGGGAGCAAAUCAACAAGUGAUAUCCCGGAAGAGUCCCUGGUCACCCGUCGGCCUCACUAUGAAGAGCUGGAUAAGUAUCGGGAGCAGAUCAAGCAGAUUGAGGACCAGUGGCAGGAUGACUUGAGCAAAUGGAAGAACCGUCGCAAGAGCGUCAACUCUGACAUAGUGAAGAAGAAGGAGGAGAGAGAGAAGGUUGAGCAGAUCACAUACGGCAGCAAUAGAAGGUCCAAGACCUUCAAGGAGAUGCAAGAGGACAGAGACAACAGGCGAAACAGCAGCAUCGGCAGUCGCAUCCAGGCACUCAGCUUUGAUGACGACAUGGAUGUAUUUGAGAAACCAACCCCUCGCUCCCGAGAAAUCCUGAGCCGAAGCUACACCAUCGACACUCCUUUUCAGUCCUCUGACUCUUUUACACCUUCUCAGAAAGAGGAUAAUGCGCCGGCUUCAUCCCAGACUCGGGUUAGAUCCACGAAACAGGAAUCUGACACCGUGGAUGCCCCUGCAGAGACCGCCAGUAGCCUCAGCUCAAUCCACAAGCCCUCAGGAGUUGUAUCCUCUCUCAGGAGUUCCGUCUUCGAAAACACCAGCACUGCCAAAACUGAGGAGACUUCAAGCAUUGUCUCCGCUCCGAGAGCCCCACAAACGGUGCCAGCACCAAAAAGCCCAGUUAAUGUGCAGCCCCCGUCCUUUGGUUCCACGUACAGGCAACCGCAACCCAGUGCCGUGAAAGCCAACCCUCCAGCGGUAUCUCGAGUGUCUGCUUCCCUUCCAAGGAGCUACCAGAGAUCGGAUAGUGCACGCCUGACCUCAGUCGUUGCACCAAGACCGUUUGGGACCCAGGCGUCCCGUGUUGGGUCACUUACCAGGUCCUUCACCUCAGACGACUCCAACAACCUCAUAAAUGGAGAUGUUGGAGUCACCAUUUCCAAGAACUCGUCGGUCCCCAGCCGCUACCGUCAGUUCAUGACCCCAGAAGAUGAGGCGGAGUCUCAGUCGAGCCCCGCCCACAGCAGUGAGGAUGAGGAGGAGCAAGAGGAGACUACCAGGAAGGAUGUCAUCUCAACCUCCAACAUCGUAUCCGACCCAGUUCUGGUCAAGAAAGAUGUUCCUGCCAAGGAUCCCAGCCAGGAGAGCUCCUGCGAGAUGCGGAUCAGCUUGAACCAGAAGCCCAAUAGCAGUCGAGACUUCGGUUUUGAGGCGGCGUGGGACUCGACCGGCGCUCGCGUCAAGUCCGUCCAACCAGGUAGCCCAGCUGAAAUGUUCCAGUUGCAGCCCGGGGACGAGGUGCUGACGGUGAAUGGCCACCGGGUGGCAGACAUGAGCUAUCUGGACUGGAAGGCUGGCAUGGACGAGGCCCUUAGAGAGGGCAGUUUGGUGAUGGAUGUCCGGCGUUAUGGCCAGAACACCUGGGACAGAGAUCUGCCUUCCCUGCCAUUUAAAAGCCAUAAGACCAUCAAUCUGACCACUGCGGAUCAUCCCAUACUUGUAGGUUUUCCUGACACCAGUGCCGCUAAUACGUUGGAUUUCACCUCGCUUGGGGAAAUAUCACCUUCAGCCAAGACCCCCACCCACUCUGUGGUGGAUGUGGCAUCCAACGGAGUAGAUGGCGGCUUCCCUAAAGUGUCACUGAUCACAAUGACGAACGACUCAGAGCCCCUUUCUUUGAAAAACUUAAAACGGAGGUCAGAGUUUUUUGAGCAAGGAGGAACAGACUCUGCAACACCAGAAAUACCCGUUCCAUCCAUCACUCCGUCUUCUAGAAGCUGGUCUUGGGACCCAGAAGAAGAGCGCAGGAGGCAAGAGAAAUGGCAAAAGGAGCAGGAGCGCUUACUCCAGGAGAAGUAUAAGCGCGACCAGGAGAAGCUGCAGGAGGAGUGGCUCAAGGCCCAGCAGGAGAUCUCCUUCAGUGUAGCACAACAAGAGCCUGUCAGCCCACACUCACCCCUGCCCUACUCACCGUGGGAGGAGGAGGAGAAGAAGAUCAAGGAGGUGGAACAACAGAGACUGGCGGAAGAGAGCAAGAGAAGAGAGGAGGAGGAGAAGAAGAAGAGGAGGGAGGAGGAGUUGGAGCGCCAAAUACGAGAGGAGGAGAGGAAGAGGAGGGAGGAGGAGCUGGAGCGACAGAGGCUGCUAGCGGAGGAGAGGAAAAGGAGAGAUGAGGAGCUGGAGCGACAGAGGCUGGCGGAGGAGAGGAAGAGGAGAGAUGAGGAGCUGGAGCGACAGAGGCUGGCGGAGGAGAGGAAGAGGAAGGAGGAGGAGCUGCAGCGCCAAAUAAGGGAGGAGGAGGAGAGAAGAAGACAAAGGGAAGAGGAGCUGGAGCGCCAAAGAAGAGAGAGGGAGGAGGAGGAGAGGAAGAGGAUAGAGAAGGAGGCGGAGGAGAGGAGACAGAGGGAAGAGGAGGAGCUCCUCUGGCAGAAGAGGAGAGAGCAGGAGAGGGAGGAGCUGAGGAGGAGGCAGGCAGCUGCUGAGGAGCAACAGCGCCUAGAGAAGGAACAAUGGGCAAAGUCGUUUGAUGAAGCGGAACAAUUUCAAAAAAAAGCCGUGUUUGUGAACCCGGGCGGCAUGGUCCACUGGCUGCUGGAGGAGCAGGCCAGGAACUCCACAGACAGGCUGGCUAGGAGUCAGAGGGCUGUGGCCGAGCUGGAGAUGGAGAGGAGGAACAUCCUUAAUGUUAUGAGAUACAGGGAGCCUGAGAGAGUGAGGGGUGGCAGCCUGUUUGACUCCAAGGGUCCCCAACCGGCACCACAGGCCGAGCUGCAACGUCAGCAGCUCCUGGAUGACAUGAGGAAGAAGACCCCCGUGCUGACAGACAGCAGCUGGAUCCGCCAAAGAUCCGCCACGACCCCCGGCCGGGAGGACUUGCCAUCCACACGCAGGGGCGGCUCUCUUGAUAACCUGGAUAACCCCCACAAUUCAUGGCGCUCGUCGUGGACACCCAGGAGCGACUCCCAUAUCCCAAACUACUCCCGGCCGCACAGCGCCCUCUCCGUUGGUACUGCCGUUUAUGGUGGCGGGCCCCAGGGGGGGCGGUCCGGCUCAAACACCCUGCCUGCUUCCCUUCAAGGCCUGUCUUCAGGAACCGCCCCCUGGUCCCGACAGUUGCCUUCUCUUUCGCCCUCCUAUCUGCCUCCCACCACCUCCCCAGAACCUGCUUCUGAUGGAGGUGAUUCUCGGCAACGCAGCAGGUCAGUGAGCGGUAAGAAAGUGUGUACGUUCUGUGGCACCACGCUGGGCAAAGGAGCCGCCAUGAUUAUUGAGUCCUUGGGACUCUGCUACCAUUUGACCUGUUUUAAGUGCUUCGACUGCAAGUCAGACCUCGGUGGAUCGGAAGCAGGGGCAGAAGUCCGAAUCCGAAACAAACAGCUGUAUUGUAACUCCUGCUACGUUCGAUCCAAAACUGGCCAGCCCACCUCGAUGUAACGUGAGGGUCCUCCAGCAGAUCUACGAGGAGACCACAUGCUACAACAACCCCUGAGGCGGUUGCUUACAUCCGACUCUAAACCGUAAACUUCCAUGUCUUAAUUCCUGAGUAUCGACUCAUUUGUUCUUUACUAAAACAGAAUGAGAAAGGAAAAUAUGGAGGGAUUUUUUAGUCCUCAAUUGAAAUAAAUAUAAAGCCAAUUAAAUAGAUAAAAAUAUGAAUUAAAAUGUGAAAUAAUUAUAUGGACCCUAUGAAAUGAUAUCCAAAAUAUAUCUAAAUCCUGAUUGGCUGGGGACCAGUGCAGGGUGUACCCCGCCUCUCCCCCAAAAUCAGCUGGGAUAGGCUCCAGCAUUCCUCUGCGAUCCUAAUAAGGAUAAGCGGCAUAGAUAUUGAUAAAUUGGCUCUCAAUACAAUAGGUUUAAUAUAUAAUUAAAUUUUAUUUCAACAAAAAUCUAUUUUACGACCCAUUUAUUGAAAUGCAAACUACAGUUUAAAUGAUGAAAUGAAUAAACUAAUAUUUAAUUCAUACACAUUUUAAUAAAGCUAUUUCAAGUCAAUUAAUUCCACAUUCCUUUUAUUAAAAUACAAUUAAAAUCAUGAAAUAAAUAGGUUCAAUAUGCUUAUUCAUGAGGAAUUUCACACAUUAUUUCACUUUCAAAUUCAUAUGAAUAAUAUGUUAAUUAUCUAUUUAAUUGCCUUUAUAUUUAUUUAUUUUGUCACUAAAAAAAACAAAAAAAAACCUCCAUAAAAGGUGUGUGUUUUUUAUUUGUAUGAUGAAGUAUUAGAGAAAAAAAGGGUUCUUCUGCAUGUUCCACUGGUUUAAAUGAUCCAUUAUUAGAUCUUUCAAGAAAGCUUUUUGGGGAUUUUCUAAAACCUGACAGGAUCAUCUCCUUUUUUUGAAUGCAAUUUUAUUUUUUAUUAUUCCCGCUUUUGUCCUGGUGGUGUUAAACACUCAUCCUUUUAAUGUGUGCCUUUAAGUCUGCAAACAGGGAGAACUGUGUAAUUAUUACCCAGGCUGUAUUUAAUAAUAAGAUGGAAUAUUAUGCUGUUUUGUGAAGAAUAUAUGAUACUAAAUGGCAGAUGGAGAUAAAAUGUAAAUAAAAAUGCUAAUCUUUCAAAA